AUCGUAUUGUGUGACGCCAACUGCCAAGGCGUUGAAAACAGUAUUCGACCGAGUGUCAACGAUAAUAAUAAAUGAGGCGAUGGACGAGUUCAUAGUGACGCGAAGUGCGACUUUGAAAAGGAAUGCCAACAAGGAUUUUAUUUCUGUGUCAUACACGGCGCCAAAGAAGAAUCGCAAGUCAAGUGAGGUUAAACCGAACACAGACAAACGUGCUAAGAAUGAUCUGAAUGUAGUCGUUCCGACGAAUAAUGCGAAGGGGACCCGUCAAAGUGAUGUCAAACGGCAACAAGACAUACAGAUGAAAAGGGCAAGGUUUGAUGUAAUCAAAUUUGGAAUGUCUGGUUUCGAUGGAGCAAAGGGAGAAGAGGCAAAAAUAGCUCUGGCGGUGAAACUGGGUGCUAAGCCACCAAAAAAGAAGGGAAAGAACUAUAAGGAACUGAAGCUAGAGAGGCAAAAAUUAAAGGAACGAGCACAGAAAGAGGAGCACAUGUCAGGACUUGGGAAGAAUGUGGCUAAACAACGUUUCGUUAAGAAAUCUAGAAGACGGGAUGGUCUUUUGAACAGUUACGGAGUAGUUACAAAGACUCGAGCCACCAUCACAAAUAACAAAAGACAUUUUUAAGAAAUCGGUUCAUGUUAUUGUUGUCUUGUUUUUUUUAUUGUUUCAUUACAUCGUUCAUUGCUAUUUCUAACAAAUAUAGUAUCACGUGUAUACUAUUUCAAGUACAACGAGUAAUAAAAUAAUAUUUUAAUCUGGUUA